AUGGUAUCCCAUUAUCGAUCAAACGGUGUUCUCAACAAACUGAACUCGCUAAGCCUAAGAGCGGCAAGACCCAUCAAACCGGCACCAAUCAUACCCAUACCGGUUGCGACUGGUGCGGCGGCACUGGAGGCUACCGAGGAUGCAGCUGAAGAGGCAGCGGAAGAUGCGUUUCCACCUGCACUUGAGGCAGAUGAAGCAGCACUGGAAGCUGCGGAGGAGGCUCGCGAGGAAACGCUGGAUGCGGCAGAAGCAGCGGAUGACAUGGCGGAGCUGGCUGAAGAGCUUAUGCUUGAUGCUGCAGAGCUGGCAGCGCUGGAUGCGCUGCUGAUUCGGGAUUCAGCAGAGCUUGAGAGGCUGGCGGCUGAGGAGGAAUCAGUGACGGUGGCAAGCUGGCUAGAAAGGCUGGCUACGGCUGAUGAGGAAACUGAAGCCAAUGAUGAGGCGACUGAGGAACCAGCACUGCUGGCAGAGGCUUGA